CAAGGUUUGUUUGUGGCGGUCCAUUAGCAUUUCUUGAAACAUGAUAAAUUUACAAUUUUGUAAGGGUUCAUUUCUUUUACAUAAAAGAUAUUUUUCCAUAGCUCUGAAAAAUGGAGAAAACGUGUUAAAUGUUUUUGAUAGAAAGACUAAACAUAUUCAAAAGUCUAGAGCAUCAAACUUGGAAAAUUUCAUUGUAUAUGAUUAUUUGAAGGAAGAAGUUGGCUGGAGGGUGGCUGAUCGCAUAUUGGAUAUUAAUAGAAAAUUUAAAAACGUAGUUGAUUUAGGUUGUGGUAGGGGUUACAUUUCGAAACAUAUGCUCGCAGAUUCUGUUGAAAAUCUAGUAAUGUGUGAUAUGAAUAAUUCAACUCUAGAACAAGCUUCUCUUCCAGAAACUGGAGUUAAUGUUAGGAAAGAAGUUGUGAAUGAGGAAGAACUUCCCUUUGAAGAGGGUAGCUUAGAUUUGGUGGUGUCCAGUUUAACUUUACAUUGGGUCAAUGAUUUGCCUAGUUCCUUUAAACAAGUAAUACAAUCUCUAAAAAAUGAUGGUGCCUUUCUAGGAGCACUCUUUGGUGGUGAUACUUUGUAUGAGUUGAGGUCUUCCCUCCAGCUCGCUGAUUCUGAAAGGUUAGGAGGGUUGUCAUCACAUAUAUCUCCCUUCACUAUGAUUAAUGAUAUUGGAGGGCUGUUAUCACAAGCUGGUUUUAGACUCAUAACAAUGGAUACAGAUGAACUUGUAAUAGGUUAUCCUUCCAUGUUUGAACUUAUUUGGGAUCUGAAAGGUAUGGGAGAAAAUAAUUGUACUUGGAAUCGUUGCAAGCAUCUUAACAGGGAAGUAAUGAUGGCAGCAGCCGCGAUUUACAAUCAGCUUUAUGGUUCAGAAGGAAAAAUACCGGCUACAUUUCAAAUAAUUUAUUUUUUAGGUUGGAAGCCAGAUGCUUCGCAACCUAAACCUCUUGAACGUGGUUCAGCAAAAUACUCUUUAAAAAAUAUUGGAAAUAUCACGAGUGGAUAAAAAAUUAUGAAUGAAUUAUCUAUGCUUUCCCAAUGUUUAAACUAUAUUCUGGGAAUGUUAUUGGAGUAAAUAAUUUAAUCCUGUUUUUAUUCAAUAAGUUUUUCUUUAUAUAUUUUAUUUGUAAUUUAAUUUGCUCACAUCUUUGUAUAUUUCUUUAUUUUAUUAUUUAAGAAAAAUGUGUUCUAAAAUAUAAUCAUAACUGAUGGGUUUGUUGUCUUUUUGAAUUGUUAAUAAAAGCUGUAAACCUUUAAACAGUAUCACACAUUUUAUUUUUUACCAUUUAGAAGCUACACUGAAAGCU